UAAAUGGGCAAUUUUUGUUCUAUACUAUAUGACACAAUUGUCUUGAAAUAUUAAAUAAACGAUAAACAAGCUUAGACUGGAGUGGCUAGAGGGACAGCGCCAGAAUUUUCCGAAAGAAUUCCUCUCACUUGACAGCGAACUCACUGUACACACAGACAUUCUCACACUCACACAGACAGACAGAAGCACUCGCAUUGGCCAGAAUCUGGAGGCCGAUCCUAUUAUUCAUCUUUGGAACUCUAGACUGAACAUGUGGUUUCCACAUGUGUUGGGAAACACCCCGGCGAUGUCAGGGGUAGGAGGAAGUAUAAAUAGAGGGCUACGUGCUUGAAUAUUACACAGCAGCCAAAAGCUUGAAGGGGAAACAGCUGCACAGAACAAGCCUCGCUGUCUGAGUUUGGUUUGUCAUCCAGAACAUCAGACAAAAUGUCAUACAACAUAAGGUGAGUCGUUCAAUUUCUUUGGGGUAAUGUUGUUAUCUGACUCUCUCGUACUUUCUCCUGAACUUCUUAUUUCUCUCCGCAGGUGCAUGCUGGUCUUCUUACUUUCCCUGACACUGGUAACUUCUGCCCAAAAUAGAAUAUCUCGCGUGGCUCAGAAAGGCACACGUUUUGGGUUACGUUUGUUUCAAGAGGUUCUUGUAGACCAACGGGGGAAGAACCUGGGCUUCUCGCCUUAUGGGGUAAUGUCCGCCUUGACCGUCCUUCAGUCAGGAGCAGCUGGGAAAACAUUGGAUCAGAUCCGCAAAGCUUUAAAUUUUGGACAGAAAGAAUGGGCGGUGGCCUUGUCACUUCAUAAGCUGAGGGUACAGAUCUCCAGACAACAAAAAUCUACUGAAGACCCCAAGCCAGUACACGUUGCAGAUGGUCUCUUUGUACAGCGGGACCUGUCACUGACCCCAGGGUUCCUUCAAAGAUUUCAAGCAAUUUUCCACCGACAUGUUAGCCAAAUCAAUUUUACUGAUGCAGCCCAAGCCAAGGACAUCAUUAAUCAAUGGGUAGAGAAAAAAACAGAUGGUAUGAUCAAAGAUUUAGUGGGGAGCAACAACAUACCUCCACUGACCCGUCUGGUGCUAUUAAGUGCUGUACACUUCAGUGGCAAAUGGACUGUCCCAUUCCCGGAGAAGGCAACACACCAGCGCCCAUUCUACAGAUCUGAUGGGUCUCACGUGAUUGUGCAAAUGAUGGCCAACACUGGGAAAUACAACUACGGUGAGUUCACAACCCCAGAUGGGGAUUUUUAUGAUGUGAUAGAGCUGCCAUAUGAAGGAGAGGAGCUCAGCAUGAUUAUUGCUGCUCCUUAUGAAAAAGGUGUUCCCUUAUCCACCAUCACCAACAUCCUGACAUCUGAGCUCAUUGUCCAAUGGAAAGCCCAAAUGAAGAAAGUAGCACGACUUCUAGUCCUACCCAAGUUCUCUCUGCUUAGUGAAGUAGAUCUGAAGAAGCCUCUAGAACGUCUGGGAAUUACUAACAUGUUCACUGAAGAGACGGCAGACUUCAGCCGCUUGUCCUCUGAAAAACCACUAUAUGUUUCUGAAGCUUUUCAAAAAAUCAAGGUGGAAGUGACAGAAAGGGGUACGAGAGCAUCUGCAGCAACAGCUGCUAUCCUGCUAGCUCGAAUGGCUCCUCUGGAGGUUAUCAUGGACCAUCCUUUCUUGUUCAUGGUCAGACACAACCCAACAGGUACACUGCUAUUCGUGGGACAAGUCAUGGAGCCCUGAUGGGAAUAUUCUGUGCAACCUGACCCUCCUGUACCUACGAGACAGAUGGUGUCAACAACACUCAGCUGAACCCUAAAGCCUACUCGUUGCAGGGGUGGGAAAGGGAAGAAUAACGGGUAGUAUGAAAGCGCCAAGGAGUGUGAGUGUAUGAGUGAGUGAAAAUCGAUGGGCAUGGAGUAAGAGUCUCAUUGCCUCAUAAGUAAGAUUUUAUAGAGUAUUGAUACUACUGAAUUUUGUAAAGCAUUUAAAUUGAGCUUUUUUUCUAUUUAUUAAAUAUAUUUAUUUA